GUGUGUGUGUGUGUGUGUGUGUGUGUGUGUGUGUGUGUGUGUGUGUGUGUGUGUGUGUGUGAGAGAGAGAGAGACAGAGGGCGGAGCAGCUGUACACUUUAAAACACACUGUAAUUUAAUGAAUGGACCUGGGAGUUUAGGAAAGUAACUCAGCUGCGUGCGACAGACAAAACAACCAGUCAGAAAUCUUGUUUAAAGAUGGUUUAACUCCUAUAACCGCUUAUAAACCUACGUCAUCUUUCGUAAACCUCCCAGAGUGAGUAAAGAAAUAAACAGUAAGUUUAAUUGAAUGGCUCCAGAGGACAAAACGGUGGCUCUGGCCAGGCUGCUGCACAGAGACUGCACCCAGUUACUGGACUUAUACACUGCUCGUGAAUCUCUGAUGUCUAACUCUGUGUCCGGGUCACAGUUGGUGUCCAUCCCUCCAUUAACAUCUCAACUCUCCCGCUCUGACAAAAUCUGCUUCCUGCAGGCGGCUCUUCGAAAGUGUCUCCAUCUGCUGGACAAAGCCAUAACCCACGAGGAUGCCGUCUUCCCCGAAAGACCUGAGGAUGAAUACUCAAAACAGAGAAAGACUGUGAGAGAGCGACUGAACUACCUGGUGUCCAGCACAGAGCACCUCCUGGUGGGGGGAAAGAGGUGUGACGCUGAGGCAAAGGAGUUGGUGGAUAGUGGAGUGUUUGCUUUGAAGAAAUGGAUCCUCCAGGUUCUGCAGGAUGUUCUGUACUGGUCCAACAAGACAGCUGAGACUCUCCAGACUCUGCCUGCUCGCAAGGCCAUGAAACCCACGAGAAGAAGAAGAGCAGCAGGAAAGAAGGAGGCACGCAAACUACGCAAAUAAACAACUACUGUGUGUGUGUGUGCGCAAGUGUGUAGUGUGUAAAA